UUGUUCGAGCAAGACCUCAGUUCCUGUAUUGAAAGAUGGCGCUCCGCAGUGGAGCGGUCUCGUUGUGUGAAACUUCAACAUUUGAAAGCAAAAUCCAGCAUGAUUGUUUUCUGACGGUAACUAGCUGGUCGUGCUUGUACAUUGACCACAGUGGCUAGGACGCUGGAGAUAUAGCGACGUUCAUGGAUAAUAGCCUACAACUGAAUGAGUUUAGGUAUUGAUCUCAUAAACAACUAACGAGAUAACAACAUCAAUGUAUGUUCUGCAGGGUUCAGAUUUUACACCUGCUGUACCUACCCACAGGUAUUAUUUCAGUGCAUCUAAUAUCAAUGUAUUGCAUUGUGGUGAACUGUGGUACAAUUGUGGUGAUUUGUCAGCGUUGCGGGACGAUAGGAAACCUACAUUUACCACCAGCUAAUGCUAAUCCUACAAUGCUUUCAAGUUGACAACUUUAUUUAUGCGUUACAGCAUCUUGUCAGUUAACCAGGGUUUGAGAAGCUCUUGAAAUUCAAACGUGAUUACAGCCAAAAUAGCUUUCAUUGCAUAUAAUAUCAUAGUAGAGGUAAGCGACAUAAGCUUUCAACAUGAGCAACCGAAGAAAACGGGCUUCGCCGGUACGGAUACACGAAGAGGCUAAGAAGAAGUUGAACUGGAACAUGCAUGAGGACCGGAGGAAUGAGGCCUUCCAAGAGGACGAGCAGAGUCAGGUCAGUUCUCUUCUCACAGCAGGGGGACAGGACGAUGCACAGGUUGGCUGUUCCAGCUCUGCCCUGUACCUGGAUCCAGGAUCAAAACUAGGGCCAGGACCAGAACCAGAACCAGGAGAGGAGCUCCCAUGUUCAUCCUCAGACACCACCUCCUCAGCCUCCUUGUCUCUCUCUGUCAUCCCGGCCUCUGAGCUGGGCCGGACUUGGACUUCACUAAUGGGGGAGUUCAGCCUUCGGAAUCUAGGGUCUAUGCCUGGCUGGGAGCAUCAAGCUUUCAUGCUCCACCGGGUCUGUGACCAGCUGUGCCUCCGUCUGAGCUGCAGGGAGGGGGAAGGUGCAGGGCCAGGCCCAGAGACGAGGCCUCAUGAUGCGGUGUGCGCAGUGGAGUGUACUCUGCAUGGUGUUUCCCUGGAGGACUUAGACUGGCUGCAGAAGAGAAGAGCUGUGCAGCUGUGCCACCAGCCAGGAGAUGAUUCAAUUAAGGUGGGGAUCUACCUGCUGGAAUCCGGGUUGGGGAAACUAGAAUUCCUCAGCGAAGGAAACAGUCGUACAAGGAAAGUCAAUCAGCUGAUGCAAAAACUUAUGGAGUAUUUCUAUGACUUCAUCAUCCCUGAAGUGGUAGAGAACGAGGAGGAGGAGUGUGACACGGACCUGGAGAGGCAGAACGUGGAGGAGCUGUAUGACUACGUGAGGCACCUCCACCAGACAGAGAGCCAGGAGGAGCGCUAUGAAGUUCAGCACAAGGCUCUGAUACCUGUCCUCAGGCCCUAUCAGAAACAGGCCGUCAACUGGAUGCUGAGAAGAGAGAAAUACAGACACAACAGCCCCAAAGAGCAAUCCUUGCAUUUCCUGUGGCGAGAGGUGGUUACUUUGUGUGGGAAGAAGUUGUUUUACAAUCCCUUCACCGGCUGUGUGAUAUGUGAGUUCCCCCUGGCUGGGGUGGAGUGGCCUGGGGGCAUCCUGGCAGAUGAGAUGGGUCUGGGGAAGACAGUGGAGGUCUUAGCUCUCAUCCUGUACAACACUCGAGAGGGACUUGAGCAGGAGGCCUUCACGUUGCCUGUGGGCAAAUCUGUGAAUUAUUUUGUCCCUCCUCCUCCACUGGAACACGAGGAGGAAGUCAUUCACUACAAGGCAGAAGUUGGACCCAAAGUCAAGAUAUCGUACCCUACUGUGCGUGUGAUGCUUCUCACUGCUAUCAAAGAGAUGCGUGUGGGCAAGGGGGCGUCCGUCAACGCCAUCUUCGCCUACAUCCGCACAACGUACCAGUAUGACCUCUUAAAGAACCGCAACCACAUCAAGAGGGCCCUGGGUAAGCUGAUUGACGAGGAGCUGGUGGACAGGGUCAAGGGUCGCGGUUUGGCCGGAUCGUUCAAGUUGGGGAAGAAAUACAAAGACCCGAAGAAGAAGACGCCUGCAGCCAAGUCUAGUCCUGUUGGUGACUCUCAACCCAGGAGAACGUCCCAGAGGCAAACAGCGAAGGAGAGGGGGGACGCGAUCUCCGCUGCAGAUAACAGCCAGAGCCCCGGUUCCCUCGACUUCCCCCAGGAGGAGGACGGAGCGAGACGCGAGCCGGGGGAGAGGACACACGGAGAUGAAAGGAACACGUCUGAGGACACGUCGACCGGUGCGCCCAAGAAAACACCAGAAGGAGAGACCUCCGUCUACUCCCAGGUCAAGAGUGACCAAGGUGCCCUGGCGAGGGAGAGACCCAUGCCAGAGUCCCUUCACAGAGACAUACCCCCUCUCCUCCAGGAGCCCCCGACCCCCACCAGGGCCUCGGCGGUCCCCUUCAACACCCCUGACUACCGCUUCGAGUGCAUCUGCGGCGAGCUGGGCCUGGUGGACUACAAGGCGCGCGUCCAGUGUCUGAACUGCCAGCUGUGGCAGCACGCGGAAUGCGUUAACUACAAGGAGGAGAGCCUGGGCACCACGCCCUUCUACUGCCCCCACUGCCUGGUGGCCAUGACCCCUGUACCCACUGGGGCCACACUCAUCAUCUCCCCCAGCUCCAUCUGCCACCAGUGGGUGGAGGAGAUCACCCGCCACAUCAGCUGUUCAUCUCUCAGAGUGCUGGUCUACCAGGGCGUGAAGAAGCAUGGCUUCAUCCAGCCUCGCAUGCUGGCCGAGCAGGACGUGGUCAUCACCACCUACGACGUGCUGCGCUCGGAGCUCAACUACGUGGACAUCCCCCACAGCAACAGCAAGGACGGGCGCCGCUUCCGUUACCAGAAGCGCUACAUGGCUGUGCCCAGCCCCCUGGUGGCCGUGGAGUGGUGGCGCAUCUGCCUGGACGAGGCCCAGAUGGUGGAGUGUACCACAGCUAAGGCAGCCGAGAUGGCUCUCCGCCUGGCGUCGGUCAACCGCUGGUGCGUCAGUGGAACACCUGUGCAGCGAGGCCUUGAGGAUCUCUAUGGUCUGGUUCUGUUCCUGGGAGUGGACCCCUACUGGGUCAAGUAUUGGUGGGACCAGCUGCUCUACCGCCCCUAUCGCCGUGGCAACACAGAGCCCCUCUACAACCUGAUUGGCCAGCUGCUGUGGCGAUCCGCUAAGAAAGAUGUAAUCGAUCAGAUCCAGAUCCCCCCCCAGACAGAGGAGGUGCACUGGCUGCACUUCUCCCCCGUGGAGGGCCACUUCUACCGGCGGCAGCAUGAGGUGUGCUCCCACGACGCCCUGGCCAAGCUGCGCAAGAUCUCCGACUGGACGCUAAAGCUGGGAAGCCUGGACCGCCGCUCUGUCUCUGCCUUCCUGUACCCACUGCUGCGGCUGCGCCAGGCCUGCUGUCACCCACAGGCCGUGAGAGGCGAGUUCCUGCCCUUUCAGAAGAGCACCAUGACGAUGGAGGAGCUGCUGAAGUCCCUACAGAAGAAAUGUCGAGUGGAGUGUGAGGAGGCCCACAGACAAUUGGUGUGCGCUCUCAACGGCCUGGCCGGCAUCCACAUCAUCCGAGAUGAGUUUGCGGAUGCUGUGGAGAUGUACAGGGAAGUGCUUCGCUCGUCGGAGGAGCACAAAGGCAGGCUGAAGACCGAUUCCCUACAGAGGCUCCAUGCCACACACAACUUGAUGGAACUGCUGAACGCAAAGCACCCUGGGAUACCUCCUACACUGAGAGAUGAUCAACUGAAGGAGGAGGCAGAGCAGCUAAGGCAGCACUACAUGACCAAGUCCAACUCUGAGGUGUCGGAAGCCCAGCAGGCUCUCCAGCCGGUCCUGCAGAACAUCCGAGAGCUCAAACGCAAAGUCAACCUGCGCUCCCCCUGGUGGUUGGAUGUCAUACAGCGGGCCAUCCAGUACUCCAUCGACGACGACCUGGUGUCCCGCAUCCAGAGCGAGCUGACCUGCAGCUACAAACAGCAGGCCCACAAGCUGACAAUGGCCGACAAGUUCCGGGAUGGUCGCGGCCUGCAGUUCCUGCUCAGCACCCAGAUGGAUGACUUGAUGAAGUCCCAGGAAACGGUGCAGGGCGCCGUGAAGAGACUUGAGGGCACACCGUCCCAGGCCGUCAUCGAGGAGGCCACCCUCUGUCACCUCCGGCCUGUCCGCCUGCCUCUCAACAACUGUGUGUUUUGCAAAGCUGACGAGCUCUUCACUGACUACGAGUCCAAGCUGUUUUCACACACUGUCAAGGGUCAGACGGCUAUCUUUGAGGAGAUGAUCGAGGACGAGGAGGGUUUGGUGGACGACCGCCUCCCCACUACCAGCCGCGGCCUGUGGGCCACUAGCGAGACGGAGCGCUCUCUGAAGGCCAUCCUGUCCUUCGCCAAGGCCCGGAGGAUGGACUCGGACCUGCUGGAGGAGGGCAACACCUUCAUGGAGCUCUUUGAGAACUGGAAGAAGGAGUACAAGGUGCUCCACGAGUACUGGAUGGUUCUGAGGGACCACGUGUCUGCCAUAGACGAGCUGGGCAUGGCCACCGAGAGACUGCGCGUCCGCCUCCCAGACGAGCUCAAGCCCAAGGUGCUGCACAUCAUCGAGCCCCACGAGGUGGAUCAGAACCGGGUCAAGCUGCUAAAUGACAGAGCCGUGGCAAAGUCUCAGCUGCAGAAGAAGCUUGGCCAGUUCCUCUACCUGUCCAACCUGGAGAAGUCUCAGGACAAGGCGACCGGAGGAGUGAACCCAGAGCCCUGUCCCAUCUGCGCUCGCCCCCUGGGCCAGGAGUGGGCCGUGCUGACCUGCGGCCACUGCUUCUGUAACGAGUGCAUCGCCAUCAUCGUCGAGCAGUACAGCCUGGGCUCGCGCCGGCGCUCCAUCAAGUGUGCCAUCUGCAGGCAGACCACAUCACACGCCGAGAUCUCCUACGUAUUCACCACACAGGCCGCUGACAGGGGCCAGGACAUCCCUGUCAAGGGAAGCCACUCCACUAAGGUGGAGGCCGUGGUCCGAACCCUAAAGAAGAUCCAGCUGACCGAUCCAGGAGCCAAGUGCCUCGUCUUCUCCACGUGGCAGAGUGUGCUGGACAUCAUUGCCAAGGCACUGUUUGACAACAACAUGGAAUUCUCUCAGAUCAAUGGCAUUCACAAAUUCCAGGAGAACCUCUGCUCCUUCAAGUACGAGGAGAAGAUCAACAUCCUGCUGCUGCCUCUCCACACCGGCUCCAAUGGGCUGAACAUCAUCGAGGCCACCCACGUUCUGCUGGUGGAGCCCAUCCUCAACCCGGCCCAUGAGCUGCAGGCCAUCGGCAGGGUACACCGCAUCGGCCAGACCAAACCCACCUUUGUUCACCGUUUCCUCAUCAAAUCCACCAUUGAAGAAAGAAUGCAGGCAAUGUUGAAGACCGCAGAGAGAAGUCACAGCGCCACGUCCAUGAAGCACUCGGAGGCCGCCGUUCUGACGGUGGCUGACCUGGCCGACCUGUUCACCGAGGACGGCGAGGCGCUGGAAUGAAUGGCGCCGCGACACUGAGGAGACCCCAGGACCCGGGCUAGGACACGCGCCAGAUUCCCCUCACCAGCUACACACGAAGCGGAGGCAGUGUUGUCAGUGUUUUAACCCCCACCCACCCCGUCUCCUACUUCCUUCAGGCACUGGGGGGGUCGCACCUUAACAGGUGACCAUGUGAUCCCUUUUGGAAGUAUAUCGAACACUUAUUGGAAGCUAGACCAUUAUUAGAUGAUUACUCUCCAGCCUGAUAAGACAGGAGGCCGGAAUUUGCAGACUGGGCCACGUAGCACUGGCAGGAGAACAUCAUCGUAACCAUCCUUAUCUAACAGCGUUCCAGAGUUCCGACAGUCUAUAAACAAUAACCGUUACCAAUAUGGUUUUACAAAUAAACUAAUACAGUUUAUGUAUGUGCACUACCACAGAAUAUGACAAAUGGGUCUUUUUUUAAGUUGCCUUGGUGAUACUGUCGUGUGCAAUUGUCAUUAAUUGUGUGUUAAUACAUCACAACAUUCACAAAUGACAAGGACUUGUUCUGAUAAACGUACGAGGGCCAAAUCAUUCUGAUCGCAGUAAACACUGUGACCGUUGGAGGUGUUUUCUCUUUUUAGCAAAUAAAAGGCUGUCAUGUACACAUUUUACAAAGCUGUUUUGCCCUACUUA